AUGCGUCCAACUGAUCUUGGUUUUCGCAGUCCAAAAGAAAGGACCCCAGAAUUUUAUAACCCUCUCAUGACCUGUGAUGGCCGCUCACUUUCUAUUUCUCCAAUAAAAAUUCGCCCAAGCUUCUCUAAAAGCAAGCGUUUUCCUCAAUAUGAAGAUGAAGCCAAAAAAACUGGCUUUCGAGUCGGCCCAGGCUCUUACAGCCAACGUUAUAGAACAGUUAGUGGUGAGCGUAUAAAAGGAUCUCCUUUAUAUCACAGAUUUCAUGGGAAUAAAGAUACAUCAAAUAAUGGCUACUAUAUGAUUGGAAACCAUAUGGUUUAUGAUCCUUCUUUUGUUUUAAAAACAAGGAGAGCUAGUAUUGGUGAAUCUGUGUCUCGUGUUGACCCAACGCAAGUUUUAUCCAACCCUGUAACUCGCACAACCUCUGCAAGUAACGAUAAAUUUUCGCCAAAGCACUCUCAAGGGUCUCCUUGAUUUCUAAAGACAGACGGGUCGCCAAGAAGCCAUCACUUUACCAUUAAGGAAGAGUCACCUAGCAAUCAAAAGAGAACAGGGUCUGGAAGUGGAAGGAGGCAAUUUAAGUCGCCUUAUGAAAAUUAA